UAUAAGAAGACACACUUGUUUCCCCGCAAAGUUUUCUACUGAAUAUAUUCCAUAUCUGAGGUUUCUUUUUUCUUUCAGAUUUUCAAAAUGUUGCAAGGUCUUCUGUUGGCUGCUUUGAUUGAUUUGGUUUUUUCAUCGGUAGCCAAAGAUUAUGGCCUCACUGUAUGCGCCACUGCGGAAUCAGAGUUGAGCGUUCAGCCUGAAGCUUGUCACAAGUACUACAACUGCUCCGACUCAACCCCACGUGGUGGGCUGAGUUUGCUGGGGCCCUACGAGAAGAUGUGUCCGUACCCUCAGUUGUUCGAUGCGACCGAGUUAAAGUGCAAGACUUUUAAAGAAGCCAACUGUGGACCGAACAGAAUAGUAUUCAAAGACAGGUGUGACUAUACUCAUAAUGGUUGUGGCGGACACUGUAUAGCUUGUGACAGCAUGUUUCCUUCCUGUGUUGGCCUCAAAGAUGGAAUGAAUAUUUAUCCGCUCAGAGAAUGGACUCCACAUUACAUUCAGUGCGACACGGAAAGACUUAAUGACACUUAUGUCUGUAGUCCUCACCACCCCUCAGGGACAAGUAGACUUUUCUCGCCUCUUAAGUCAGAGAGUGUGUUUCUGUCUGGGAAGUGCCAAACAGUGAAGGCGGACGGGCUCCAAGCUGCGAAGGGAAACUUGAUGGUUACCACGUGACCGAUGAAAGGCCGGACAUUUACUACACUUGUCCAUCAGCUGAGGUCUACUACUGUACCCCACCAACCAUUUUCCUAAGUACAUAUAACAGUUGUGGAUAGAGGAAGACUAUCGCCAGAUCUAAGAAUCAAUCAAUAUUAGCUGCAUGUUUACUUUUAAAAAUCACAAUCACCUUUGUCAAGUGUUUUAUUUUAAGUUGAUUGAUUGUUUCUUAGCUGAGUUUGGAUGGCAAGAAAAAUAAAACAAAAAGCAUUUACUGCCAGAAAUAAAUUUGGAUUGAGCGUAUCAUG